CCUUGUUGUGAAAACCUUUUCCUGCGGCUCCGCUAUGUUUGGAAGAGCUAGACGAGCUUCUUUAUUGGCAGCUAUCUUCUUUGCGACUGAAACAUCCAGGCCAUUUUUGGUACCAAAAGACACACGACGUGGAGUUCUUGCAACUGGUGUGGUGACGGUUGUAGCUGAACAUGUAGCGAGUGCCUCUGCCGAGGAUAAAAACUCAGCUGAAAAGGCUGUGGAGGCCGCAGCUUCCCAACUCAGCUUGGGCCAAAGAGGGGAUGAGCUAGUUCUUCCUGCCUGGUUUGGUGGCGAAUGGGCCUGUUUCGGCGAGCUGUACAAAGUUGAGAGCAGUUCGCGGACAAAAGAGUUCAAUGCAGCUCUGCCUGGAGCCUUGGAGUUCGUGAAGAAAAACCAAGAGGCAGUCGGCACGGAGGCCGGCAACUUCCGUGCGCGGCGCCGCUGGCAGCCCAGCGGCCGCCCGGCGCCGGGUGGUGGCAAAGGCGUCCUGGAGGACCGGGCAGGCCUCGCGGCGGGCGCUGUGGCCGCGGCCUACACCUUGGGAGGCCCUACGCCUCGUUUGAAGCCCCAGGGUGAUGACUUCUUGGUGGCCGACCGGUGGCGACUCACUCCCGCGGGUGCAGUGGCACGAGCAGAUCCGGAGGAGGAAGAACUGAAAGCGCUCAGAGUCUCCGAGCUUUUCGAAGUGAGGCAGAAGGACCAGGAGAAAUUGGCUGCUGCAGUGCGGGUGGUCACGCUCUGGAAGCAAGCGCCCUUACCCGAAGAAGCGAAGAAGACCUUGGACACCUCAAGGAAGUUGAUGCAGGCCAUUCAGACUGUGUAUUUGCUGCCUGAUCCUUCGGCAGCUGCCACCAAGAAUUUCGCCAGCAUGACGACGCGUUUCGUUUACAGUCCUAUCCGCAGCUAGACGAAGCUUGCCGCGUUGGUGAAGAUCAGUCAAGAAAAAAGGUGUG